UAAGAGGAACAAGAAGAGGCUGUUCGAGGUUGUUGGCUGCAGGUUUGCUUUGCUCCUCUGAGGCUGGAGCGUGUCAGAUUUAUAGUGUCAGUGAAGUGCUUCAGAGCCAAAGGAGGAGCGAGGAAGAGGGCUUGGUGUUGCCAUGGUGACUGGGUUUGUUAAAGAUGAUGUCUGUGUGGUUGCAUGAGGAGCGUUACUCUGCUGCAGACCGCCACAGCCUGAAGCCGUCCUGCCAAAUCUGGAGACCAUGUCUGGAGCCUACGACGAGUCCGCCAGCCUGGAGGAGACCACAGACAGUUUCUGGGAGGUCGGGAACUACAAACGCACAGUGAAGCGGAUUGACGAUGGUCACCGGCUCUGCAAUGACCUGAUGAACUGCAUCCAGGAGCGUGCCAAAAUUGAGAAAGCCUACUCACAGCAGCUGACCGAGUGGUCCAAGAGAUGGAGACAGCUGGUUGAUAAAGGGCCUCAGUACGGCACAGUAGAGCGAGCUUGGAUGGGGCUGAUGACGGAGGCAGAGAAGGUGAGCGAGCUUCACCAGGAAGUGAAAAACAACCUGAUCAAUGACGACUUUGAGAAGGUGAAGAACUGGCAGAAAGACUUGUACCACAAACAGAUGAUGGGAGGAUUCAAGGAAACCAAAGAGGCAGACGAGGGCUUCAAGAAGGCCCAGAAACCCUGGGCCAAAAAGCUAAAAGAGCUUGAGGCUGCCAAGAAGUCCUACCACAUUGCAUGUAAAGAGGAGAAGCUGGCGUCCACUAGAGAGGCCAACAGUAAGGGAGAGGCCUCCGUGACCGCUGACCAGCAAAAGAAACUCCACGAGAAAGUGGACAAGUGCAAACAAGACUCACAGAAGGCCAAGGAGAAGUAUGAGAAGGCCCUGGAUGAGCUGAGUAAAUGCACUCCGCAGUACAUGGAAAACAUGGAGCAGGUGUUUGAUCAGUGCCAGCAGUUUGAAGAGAAGAGGCUGAGCUUCCUCAGGGAGGUGCUGUUGGAUGUCAAACGCCACCUCAACCUCACAGAAGACCAAAGUUAUACUACAGUGUACAGAGAACUUGAACGCACCAUCACAUCGUCCAGCCCACAGGAAGACCUUAAAUGGUUCAGUAACAUCCACGGCCCCGGCAUGCAUAUGAACUGGCCACAGUUUGAGGAAUACAACCCAGAUCUUACCCAUAACAUCUCCAAGAAAGAAAAGUCAAAGAAAGCCAGUGAUGGAGUCAUGCUGACUAACGUCACAACAGCAGUAGAGCACGCUCAAGCUGGAGACCGCGGAAGUGUCAGCAGCUAUGAGAAAAACCAGGCCUACACGGCCUCCACAGAGUGGUCGGACGAGGACCAGACAGCCCCGAACUCAGGCAACGACACCAACGGAGGGACGAACCCCUUUGACGAAGACGUGAGCAAAGGCGUGAGAGUGAGAGCGCUGUACGACUAUGACGGCCAAGAGCAGGACGAGCUCAGCUUCAGAGCAGGGGACGAGCUGACAAAGCUGGAGGAGGAGGACGAACAGGGCUGGUGUAAAGGUCGUCUAGACAACGGCCAGCUGGGUCUUUAUCCGGCCAAUUACGUGGAGCCGAUUUAGCUUUUCCAUUUGAGGACACUUGUUUCAUCGGAGGGCAAACCCAGACUGAACCGUCCAGUCAUAACUGCACAUUGCCAGAGACUUGAAAGCAAAGCUUCCUCUUCCCGUCGGGCACAAUGAGCUGUCUUCAUCUCCGCACUCAUCACAAAGAAGAGUCUUUCAGGAUCAUCAUCAACAUACCGCAACUGAAGCAAAAUAUUUUAGUCUCUAUUGUGUUUCAGUGUGUUUGAUUUCAGACGUAACGCUAACAUGCCAUACAGUAUGUUCUCUCAUCACAGUAUUGAUAUGGUAUCGUCAGUUGUGCCUGGAUAAAGAGAAUGAGUUAUGCAUUGUGCAUUUUAUGUAUAUAUUUUAAUCUUUUUUUACAGUCUGGAUGCUUGUACAGUU